AUGGCGAGUGAAGCAACAGGAGGAGGAGGGAUGAGAGGGAGGAAGAGGUUUGUGGGAGUGAGGCAAAGGCCAUCCGGGAGAUGGGUUGCAGAGAUCAAAGACACAAUUCAGAAGAUCAGGGUAUGGUUAGGUACCUUCGACACGGCAGAAGAAGCUGCAAGAGCUUACGAUGAAGCCGCCUGCUUACUUCGUGGUGCUAACACGAGGACCAACUUCUGGCCUUCUGCUGAUCCCCAUCAUAAUCACCACUCUUCUACCUCAUCUUCAUCACCACCAUCACAGCCUCCUGCAUUGCCUUCCAGGAUCACCAACCUUCUUCUCAAGCGCCUCAAUGCUCGAAACACCAGCCGUCAUCUCUCUUCCUCCUCCUCCUCCUCCUCUUCCAUGGUCGUCAACAAGCAGCAGCAGAAGAAUCAGCAACAAUACGUCAUUAGAGGAACACAAGAAGGUCAGGUCGAUGAAGACGAUGAAGAAGAAGCAGCCUCUACCGAAAUCACAGGUUUCUCCAACCAUUUCACAAACGCCAACCCCAUCACCAGCAUUGGGAUAACCACAACAACCAAACAUCCUUACGUGGAAGCAAGCAUUGCUGAGUCAACAUUAUGUAUGAGCGGUGAUCGAAAGGAUGAUUUUUGCUAUGAUAUUGCGGAUGACAGAUCAACAGCAGCAGCAGCAGUAACAGGAUGGGAUUCAGGCAAUUGUUAUGAUAGUAACUUUUACCAGCCAUUCGAUUCCAAUGCAGUACUACAGCAACAUGUAGGUGAUCAGGGUGGUGAUCUGGAUUUGGAUUUCAAUUUCGUCAACGACCUUGGAGCACCCUCCGGCGUUGCAGCAGCUCACUACUCUCCGUUCGAGAUCGCUCAAGAGAUUCAGGAGGAGCCUGUGCUGGAACCAUAUCAUCAGAGCAACAACAAUGGCAUUGAUAAUGAUGACGACGAGCCAUCGAUGCAGCUAAGAGCAGCAAUGAAGCGGAUGAAGUACGAGAGGAAGUUCUCGGCUUCUCUGUAUGCUUUCCAUGGGAUCCCAGAGUGCUUGAGGCUGCAGCUUAGUGGGUCGGCAGUAUCAUCUCCGUCUGAACAUUUAUCCAAUCUACAGAAUGUCUGCAGAAGGAACAACAGAGUACAGAGUCAGGAAAUAGAGCAGAGGGUAUUGGCCAAAGAAGAUAAAGAUGAAAGCUUUGUUAUGGUAGAUAAACAGCAGCAGAACCCACAAAGCACCACAGGUGAAGAAUCAACGCUAUGGAGCUCUCUUGAUCUGCCACCAAUCUGCUUCGUCUCAUAA